GCUUCUUGCGGAGCAUUAUACAUAUAUAUAUAUAUAUAUUUAAAACAAAUCAUUUGAUAUAAAACUGCCUUGGUGUCCGGUUGUUUAUACUAAAGGGGUACCUGGUAUCAUGAAACAGCUGCCCCCAGACACUGUGCGGCUUCUGUCCAGCUGUCAAGUUGUCACCUCUGUCGUCACUGUAGUGAAAGAGUUAAUAGAGAAUUCCAUCGAUGCUGGAGCUUCAAACAUUGACAUUAAACUGGACAACUAUGGAUUGGACCGGAUAGAGGUUCGGGACAAUGGCCACGGAAUAAAAGGUGCUGAUACUCCAGUGAUGGCUGUUAGACAUUACACCUCAAAGAUCUGUAGUCACGAUGACUUGGAACACUUGGAGACAUAUGGCUUCCGUGGAGAAGCCCUGGGCUCAAUCUGUGCUGUGGCAGAGGUAUCUGUCACCACCAAGACAGAAGAGGAUUACAUCAGCACACUGUACAUGCUUAACUUCACAGGGAAGGUUGUUUCAGAAAAGCCAUCUCACUUGGGUCAAGGUACAACAGUGAGUGCCCUAAAGCUUUUCAAGAAUCUUCCAGUCAGAAGGCAAUACUAUAGCAACACAAAGAAGUGCAAGGAGGAACUGAAGAAAAUUCAAGACUUGUUAAUGGCAUAUGCAGUUGUAAUACCAGACUUGCGGCUCACACUCACCCAUAAUAAGGUGGUGGUUUGGCAGAAGCCCAAAAUGCCCGAUCACAGAAGUGCCCUCGUAGCUACACUGGGGUCCAGCACUGUUGCCAACUUGCUCCCUUGCCAUUAUCACCAAGAGCAACCAGAGAUUUUGUUAGAUGGCUUCUUUCCCAAGCCUGGGGCGGAUUACUGUUCUACAAGUUCAACUACCCAUGACAGAACAUUUGUAUUUGUGAAUAAACGGCCCGUCCACCAAACAGAUAUAAUAAAGUUGUUACGUCAGCACUACACGGCUCAGUACCCAACAGAUUCGACGCGAAAUCGGUACCCCAUCCUCAUGCUUAAAAUCACUGUCCCUGCCUCUACAGUGGAUGUCAACCUGACACCAGCCAAGAAUCAAGUUCUUCUUCAUAACAAGGAAGCUGUCUUGACUGCAGUGGAAGCAUUGCUGGUUUCUCUCUAUGGCUACCAGUCUACUACUGAGCCACUGGCAGGUGAACAACCAUGCCAUACUUCAUCUCCCACACGAACCAGUCUUCUGCAGACUAAUGCUUCACCAUUUGCCAUCAGGAGAAGCGCAGAGAGAGAUGACCAUCUCCCUGACCCUGCUGUCAAUGGCCUCAAAGCUGCACCUAAACAUUUAGAUGCAGUUCCAUCAGCAGGGAUGAGCAAUGACAUAUCUCUGGACCAAACUGCGAACAGCAGCUCAUCUUCUUCUGUAGCAGAAGACUGGAUUGUCAACCAGAUCCCAGAACGGUUGGAGAGUAAAUCCUCCCCUUUCGAUGAUGACAUGGCAAUGAAUUGCCCUGUCUCCACAGAAACAGGUUUGGGAGUCAAGUCCCCCGAGAGACUUGUGGACAAUGCAGUAUUAGGGGCAGACACAAACGGAGACCGGCUUUCAGCUGAGAAAUGGAGCAGGGGUACUGCUUUGAAAGAUCCCUUAUCGGGAGAACCCCUACAGCCUGUCCAAAUUCAUCAAUUCCCAAGGCAAAGUAACUUAGCUGAAGUUGAAGGUCAGCGUAGCCCAAAUAAAAAGAUGCUUAACGCCAUAACAGAGAAACGUGCCGCACUGACGGCCUACGACCUGAUCAGCAACCGUGCCAUGAGGACGCCGCUGUCUCCUGCUGCCCUGUUUGAAAGGGAGGCCAGAGCAGAUGUCCUAAGGGAGAAGCCUACAGCCAGCCUCCAGGAUAUCAGCGCUGCUGUUCACGAGAGAUGGAAAAACCUGGGGGAGGAGGACCGUAAGAAGUAUGAGGAGAAGGCAAAAAGGAACCUGGAGCAGCAUGACCACCGGACCAGAUUGGCCUUUGUGGGAGGCUUGCAAGGGUCCAAGAGACAGCUUAGUGUGGGCUCCCCGCAGAACCGUUGUCAAAGCCAGAAACGCAAGGACCCCCUCUCAAACCAGCAGCUGCUGGACCAGCUCUUAACUGCACAGCCCCAAAAGAAGAGGAAGAGGCCUGCGCCCAAGCCCUCCCAACCCCUCCCCUUCAGCAUGGCUGCCCUUCGGCUGCAGCUCCAUCGCCUCUCAUCCCAGAGUGGCUCAGCACCACAGGGCCUCCAGCUUGUAAACCGGCUGGCCUCUCAGAGCGCCUGGGUCGUUUUAUGUGGUCGAAAGCUCAUGUUGUUAAAUCCAUUUCGGGUGGAGGAGGCUUUGCUGUUUAAGAGACUUCUUGAGAAUAAUAUACUUCCAGCAGUGAGUCUGCAGAGCCCUAUACAGUUAACAGAUGGGAUUUUAGGGGGAGCUGAAUAUACUCAGGCUUUGUGUAACAUGGAGAAAGGAAGUCCUGAACUGAGCGGAGGGUCUUUCUUCUCGGAUCCUAGGCUCGUGGCCAAUGGCUUUAAAAUCCGAUGCUAUCCGGGUCUCCCAUCAGCCGAGAGACAUCUGGAAGUGACAGCAGUGGCGGACUGCGUGCCUUACCUUGGUGUGGAGCACCUCAGGGAGAUCCUGACAGCAGUUCUACAUAGGAAGGCUAAGACAGUGCAGGAGUGCCGGCCACUCAUCGUAACAAACUAUCUCCAAGGUGAAGCUGUUCGACUUGCCCGUCAGUUGCCCACAAAUUUGACAAGGCAGGAUGUGGAGGAAACUCUCCUCCGCAUGAAACAGCAUUUUGGUGAGGCCGGACAGACCUGCAUCCAUGGCCGGCCAUUUCUUCAGCAGCUUUCUGACAUCCCUCAAACAGACCAGGAAGCCGAGGCUAUGGUUAGGCCUUUUGAGCCAUAAAAUGUGGACGCAUCAAUAAAAAAUUCAUAGGCAAUGCACAUGUUCAGUAAUACACUGAGUGUGACACCUUUCAAAACAACUGUUUUGUUUUUAAGUAGAUGGUUUUCCUCAACUACAUUAUGAACUGUUUUUUGCUGCUCAACAUUAACUGUAACAUCAUAAAUUUAGGAAUUUUCACGUUUUGCACUUUAAUGAUUAACUCAUUUUGUACAGUAAAUCUUGAAAAAUGCAAAUUGUCUCACACAAAAAAGGCCAUCAAUAAAACUUUGAAAAUGUUACUGAGUGAUAGAGAUUAAAAUUAAUUUAGAAAUUGCUUUAGGAAUUAGUCAUCUGAAAU